AUGGAAGGGCCGAAAAACUCUGAUACUUAUGGCCCCUACAUUGCCGAGUGGAAAUAUUUCGACCCGUGUCCUCAGUCUGAAAACAAUAUAGCAAAUAUCUCGACAUUGGUUGAACCUAUAGGCGAUAUUUAUCAAGGAUCUGUUAAUAUCACUCUUCAUGACAAUGUUCGGCUUUCUGCGAUGAAAUUUAUAAUUCACAAUGUCAAAAACAAUCAUAAGAAAUUGCUAUGGGACUACACUCUAGAUAAGCCGUGCUCUAACCGCGUUAUCGCAGCGGCCCUCAAAAAACAUAUUGAUAUUCGAAGCUGUGUACUUAGAAAGGGAACCCACGUAAUUAAAGUAAAUUUCACUGAAAAAGUCUAUAUGUUCUUCGGUUCAUCGUUUUUCUAUGGAGAAUACAUUUUAAAAUUCAUAUUGGUUUCAAGGAAAAAGGAUAUCCUUUGUGUUGUUACUGAUGAAAUUAUUAGUAAGAAGCCUUAA